AUGCUGCUUCCCCCGCGGUGCCUCCCCCGCGCCGCUGCGCUCGCGCGCCCCCGCCUCCUGUCGACGUCGACGUCGACAUCCCCCGCCGCCGCGCAGUCGCACGGCCCGACAUGGCCGCUGCUCAGGAAGCGACGCCGCCCAGCCCGCUCGCGUCCUCAUCCCCAUCAACAGCAGCUCCCAAGCCGCCCGCGCCCUGCGCCCGCGCAACCACCCCCUCUGCACGACGACCUCGCCGCCUCGCCUGACCCGCGCAUCGUGCUCAUCCUGCAGGCGCUGAGCCCCAGCCUCAACCCCAGCGACUUCUACCGCCUCUCUCCCAGCGACCUGUCGAGCUGGAAGAGCGUCAUACGCAAGGUCCAGCAGCAGCGCAACCCCGUCACUCUCGAACCCCUCGGUCGCUACCACAUCUCCUUCUCCUCCGCCGCGGCUGCCGCGUCCUACCGCGACCGCCUGCUGCGCCUGCACUCGCUCGCGCGACGCAAGCUCCGCUCCGUCAAUGGCCUGUGGGAGGGGGCGGUGCCCGCGCACCUGCGGUCUCUGGCGGGCAGCGACCCUGAAACCGAGCUGGAAGGAUACGCCGUCACGUCCGGGUCCCAGGAGACGGUGCACAUUGAGAGGAAGCGCAUGCCCCCCACGGGGAAAUGGCUCAAGCAUCUCCAGGAGAUUGUCGACCAGGUCGGCUACGGGGAGAAGCCGCCCGCGGUGCUGGUGCAGGUGUAUCCGCCCACCGUGACGGCGCUCGAGUUUGGGAAGCACGUCCAGGACCACGGCGUAUCUCGAGGGUGUGCGUGGAGGGUGAGCCCGCCCCAGGCGUUGAAGCAGCGGAGACAACAGCCGGGGCCGGCGGCGGCUGGAGCUGACGGCGAGCCUGACGACCGCGGGAGCACCGAGCAUGAUGCGUCGCAGUCAGGGCCGAGCGAGUCCACGAGCACCAUGAACGAUGCCCCGGACAAGGUAAAGGGCCGUUUCGUGGUCGUCUGUGCAAACGAGAACGAGGCUCGCCGCUUUCACAGACACUGGAAUCAAAGAACCCUCACGGCUGUGUCGGAGCAUGCAAAGACCACGCCAUGUAUAGUUCAUGCGUCGAUAAUAAACUGGUGA